CAUCGUUUAUAUUCUUAAAAAAAUGAAUAAUAAAACAAUAUUCUUUGAUAUUAAUUUAUCGGGCAGGAAGCAUGAGAGAAAACGAUGACAAGAGGCGAGCAAUUAUACGAGAAUAUCUGACUUCAUUGGACUACGAAGCCGGUGGAGGUAUCCGUGUAGCCUUCGUUACGUUCGGCAGCGGAGCUAGCGUCAAACUCAACCUUUAUGAUGCCGAUUCUGUACCAAGAGUUCUACGUAGUCUCGACCAAGUCAACUACCAAGGUGGUGAGACAGAUAUGAAGAAGGCAUUUCAAAUUGCCAGGCGUCUCGUCCUAGUACAUUCACGCCAGAGGGCUCGUAAGGUGAUGUUCUUACUUACUGAUGGGCUGUAUACCGGCAAAUCACCCGUAAACAUCGCCAAAGCGUUGCGCCAAGAGGGAGUUGAGAUGUACGCUUUGACAUUCAGCGAGCAUUAUGAUGCUGAUAACCUGCAGGAGAUUGUCGAUGACCAGUCUCGUAUUAAGGUAGUGACGUCAGUUGAUGACCUCCCUACCGUAUACUAAUGACGUCCCUUGAGUCAACUAAUCGGUAGUUUAGUAAAGCAUCGCUGCACUUGGCUGAA